AUGGGCCUCUUCGCCGACUGGAACGGCGAUGCUGUGCCCGUCGACUCGCACCAAGACUUGGACAGGCUCCGAAGCAAUGUGGGAACGAUGCUUGGCGGGAUCCCAAACAAAUACGACAUUCUUCCCUCGGCUCUUUGCAUCUGCCUUUAUGUUCUUCUCCUCGUCCCCGCCUUCUGGCGUUUAAAGCGCAAAGAGCUCAAUGGCCAUCAAGUUUGGCGCCCACUUCUCGUCAUUUUCUCGCGAAUUGUCUCCUUUGGAUUGCGAAUCAAGCUUUCUGAAGGGCACGACUGGGACAAGGACGUUUUCAUUGCCCAAUUGGUCCUUUUGCGCAUCUCUCCUAUUCUCCUUAUUGGUUGCUAUUUUGCAUUCGGCGUGACGAUCGCAAUUGCUUUCGACGUUCGCAGCGCAUUACACGGCAGCAUGGAAGCCCGACAAAAACUGCACCAAUCCAAAGAGAUGCUCAUCUACACGCUUCUCGCCAUCAAUGUUUUCCUUUAUGCCCUCAACAUCGUUCCUCUGGUUCUUCUCAAGCAAGGCCGCUAUGAACCGAGGCUAGCCAAUGUGCCGCAAAAGGAAUUCGCCAAAUUCGUCUGCCUUAUGUCUCUCAACACAUUUCUCCUCGUCAAUUCCGUCUUCAAAACGGUGCAACUGCUUUCCCCCCAGAUGAAGAUGCAGACGAUGCUCACCAUCAACCAAAAAUCGCUUUUUUGGGGCAUCUGCAUCGCAGGCGAAUUUAUUGCCUGUGCGCUCUUCGUCAUCAUCCCUUGGAAUCGCAUCGUCCCUCUUCGAGAGGUACUCGAAGCCAAUCUUGCCAGCAUGCCCCCGCUGCAUCCAUCUUAUCCACCGCCAUCGAGUGAAAAUCCCGGACAGCCAAAUCACCACGGAGCUAGUGCGGAUGUGCAUGCUUUCUACAGCUCCGACACAAGCUCAACAUCGGGAGAAGAGGAAAAGGAAUGCAAACAGAUUGCCAGAGGAGCAGCCUCCAUCAGCGCAGGACAGCACUGCUCUGAAUUCUCUUCGAUCAAUCUUGGUGAUCCUUUUGAGCCUCUGCCUCCGCCUGGUCACAACCAAUUCCCAAUCAUCAAUCACAAUGGGGUCAUCAGCACGGCCAACGGUGGAAGUGGCGGAGAUCAAGGCGCUAGACCUCCAUUCUACAGCCAAAGCCCUCCGCAACUCACAUCCGUGUCAGCGCCGCCGAAUUCUGCUACGGCCACCACUACGACAAACCGAUCCAGCAGCUUGACGCUCUCGACGAUAUCAGAGGUGGGUUAUAAUCCUACGUUAUCUGGCUCCCCCGCUCGCGCUCGUGCGGCUCUUAGCGCUGGCAACCCAGGUGGGUGUGGGGCUGCCGGUGGCAGACCGUGGAGCGCGGCAACAACUGCAUCGCCCGUGCGUCGGCCAACGAGCACAGUGGAUAGUCUGCAGAGCAGCAUCUGCUCGUAUUGGUCUGACGAUUCUUCGGACGAGAAGGACGACGCGGGAGGAAAAAGAGGUGGUCUUGGGGGCUUGUUCACGAAGAAGCGGAGGUCAGCGAGCUUUGGAGCUGUCGAGAAGGACAAGGACAAGGACAAGGGAAGGAUCAUGAGAAGGAGGUCCUGA